AUGAUCCGUGGAACACCGUCCAGUUAUGUAUUAGUUAACGCUAACCAGCUGAUAACAGAUUUUAUUACCAGCAUAUUUCCGCCAGUUAAGUGUACAUUGACUUUAACUGGAAAUUUUUACUAUAGAUUACCUGUUAAAGGCGAAAAAAAUAUCCUUGUUACUUCAGCACUACCAUAUGUCAACAAUGUUCCACAUCUUGGUAAUAUAAUUGGUUGUGUUUUAUCAGCCGAUGUUUUUGCAAGAUAUUGUAGAUUGCGUGGUUGGAAUACAUUAUAUAUUAGUGGUACUGAUGAAUAUGGUACUGCAACUGAAACAAAAGCAUUAGAAGAAAAGUUAACACCGCAACAAAUUUGUGACAAGUUUUUUAAAAUUCAUAAUGAAAUAUAUAAGUGGUUCAAUAUUAGUUUUGAUCAUUUUGGUAGAACUACAUCACAUAAACAAACCGAAAUUGUUCAAGAAAUAUUUAAGGAAGUACACAGUAAUGGCUAUACCAGUACUGCAUCUAUGGAACAACUUUUAUGUGAGAAUUGUGAUCGAUUUUUAGCUGAUCGAUUUGUUGAAGGAACAUGUCCUCUAUGUAAUUAUGAAGAUGCAAGAGGUGAUCAGUGCGAUGGUUGUGGUCAUUUAAUAAACGCCACCGAACUUUUAAAACCUAGGUGUAAGGUUUGUCAAAAAACACCAGUUGUUCGUAGUUCUCAGCAACUUUUUUUGAAUUUACCUAAAGUCGAAGCUAAACUUAAUGAUUGGGUUGAUAAAUCUGGUGAUGAUUGGUCUUAUAAUGCAAAAGUGAUAACUAAAUCUUGGUUGAAAGAUGGUUUGAAGGAGAGAUGCAUCACUAGGGACUUGAAAUGGGGAAUUCCUGUGCCACUCGAUGAGUUCAAGUCAAAGGUGUUUUAUGUUUGGUUUGAUGCACCGAUUGGAUACAUGAGUAUGAGUGCUGUUUACACACCAGAAUGGCGCAAGUGGUGGCAACCGGAAGACGAUACUAAAGUAACAUACUACCAAUUCAUGGCAAAAGAUAAUGUGCCUUUUCAUUCCGUUAUGUUUCCAGCGUGCCUGUUUGCUACUGAACGCAACUAUACAAUGGUCAACCAUAUAAUGGCAACAGAAUACUUAAACUACGAAGAUGGUAAAUUUUCUAAAUCUCGUGGUAUUGGAGUAUUUGGGAAUGAUGCUCAAGAUACAGGAUUGCCUGCUGAUGUUUUCAGAUUUUACUUAUUGUUUGUGCGUCCUGAAUCUCAAGAUAGUUCAUUUAGCUGGGCUGAUCUAGCCACUAAAAAUAAUUCUGAACUGUUGAACAAUUUAGGAAACUUUUGUAAUAGAGCUUUAUCGUUCUUAGAAAAGUUUUUUGAUUGUGUUAUUCCUGAAAUUCAAUUAGGAAACGAUGAACUCACUUUAUUAGCAUUAGUAACGCGUGACCUCAAAGAAUACACAAGUAUGUUAGACAAGGCUAAACUUAGAGAUGGUUUACGACUCAUACUUUCGAUUUCUCGCCAUGGUAACCAAUAUAUGCAGUUCCAAAAACCAUGGGUGUUAAUAAAAGGAUCAAGUGAAGAAAAAAUCAGAGCAGGUACAGUCAUAGGACUGAGUUGUAACUUAGCUUGUUUACUAGCCGUCAUGUUACAACCUUAUAUGCCACAAACUGUUAAUAUAAUUGCAAAACAGUUGAACGUUGAUAUUUCUACAUUUCUAUUAAAUAACUUUGUAUCAGUUUUCUUGCAACCUGGCCAUAAAAUUGGAAAACCAGCUCCAUUAUUUGAAAAAAUUGAUCCAUCAGUUGUCAAUCAAUUGAAAAGCCGGUUUUCUGGGAAACAGAAAUCUCAGGAAAAAGAACUAGCAGUGGCUUCUGGACUGGAUCUUAAACAAAUUACAAGUGUGGAACAAAUGGAAGAAGCUAUUUCUAAACAAGGAGAUAUGGUUCGGCAAUUAAAGCAAAGUGGAGCUCAAAAAAGUGAUUGGGAACCAUAUGUCAAAGCAUUAUUGGAGAUGAAGAAAAGCUUAGAACAAAUGAAAUUAGCAUCUAAUCCAAUAUCUAUAGAUGACUUAGAAGAGGAAAUUUCCAAACAGGGCGACAAAGUACGAAAAUUAAAGGAAGCAAAAGUUGAAAAAAGUGAAUUACAGCCUGAAAUUGAUUUACUGAUACAAUUGAAAACU